GACUGGAGUGUCGCAAUGCAGAGCAGAGACUCUGGUUCCGUCAUUAGAAGCAAUUGCCCCCACCCUCUCUCUCAUUUGAUUGACGUGGCACUGACUCGUCGUCCUGCUCCGGGGGAAAGGAGAGCGGAAAAAGUUCAAAACUUAAUUCUACCAGCAGAACAGACCUCUCCAGUUCAUGUCCCGUCCAUCGACGUCUUGUCCCUCGGUCCAUCCUAUGAACUCUUCCCGCUGCAGGGAGUCGGUCUCGUGAUCACCAUGGCUUCCACAGCUUUGCUGCUGCUCUGCUUCUCCUUCUCGUUUUCCCUCACAGUGGCCAUCUUGUUUGGUGAGCCCCRAAUAUUCGGAGAUGAUGCUACUGGUUAUGGCCCCAUAUUUGAAGAAGAGCCUGUGGAUGUGGUCUACACUGAGGACUCGCCUGAUAAGAGAAUCUCCAUAAACUGCCGGGCUCGAGCCAACCCACCAGCUUCAUACAGGUGGCGCCGGGAUAACUGGGAAAUCAAGCUGAAGGAGCAACCAGAUGAGCACUACAGUCUGGUCGGAGGGAACCUGGUGAUCACUAAUCCCAUCCACAAGAAGCACGCCGGCACGUAUACGUGCGUGGCCAAGAACAUCUACGGCACCGUCCUCAGCAAGGAGGCCAGGGUCAAGUUUGGAUUUAUAGAAGAGUUUCCUGAUGAGGAGAGAGAACCAGUGUAUGUGAAGGAAGGACAGGGGGCCGUUCUGUUGUGUGUCCCUCCAAAAGUCUGGCCACAGGAAGUGACAUAUCAGUGGAUCUACAAYGAGUUUCCAGUCUUCCUGCGCACGGACCGCCGUCGGUUUGUCUCCCAGAAGACGGGAAACCUGUACAUCGCCAAGGUGGAAGCUCAGGAUGCAGGGAACUACUCGUGCUUCGUUUCCAGUCCCGUCUUGGGGAAGAGCGUCUACUCCAAAUUCAUCCCUCUCAUCCCUCUGCCCCCUGAUGACGGUGAGGAAAGAAAAUACCCAGCAGACAUCAGGGUGAAGUUCCCGGACACAACAGCCAUGCUGGCUUCCAACAUCACCUUAGAGUGCUUUGCUCUUGGAAAUCCCAUCCCGCACAUCGUAUGGAGGAAAGUGGACGCCACCGACCUCCCGGCGAAUCAUGAAAUCAGCGAAUCAGGCGCCGUGCUCCAUCUGUACAAUGUUCAGUACGAAGAUGUGGGUGCGUACGACUGCGAGGCCAUCAACACUAAAGGGAAGGACUGGCACAAGGCUUGGCUCUAUGUGGAGGCUGCACCGGAGUGGGCGGAGACUAUCAACAACACUCAGGUGGACAUCGGUUCUGAACAUACGAUGCGUUGUGUCGCUGCAGGAAAACCCUUCCCCUUCAUCCGCUGGUACAAAGAUGGUUAUAUGUAUGGGAAAGGUGAGUUGAAGUUCUCCAGUCUGACAUUUGACGACUCUGGGAUGUACCAGUGCAUCGCCGAAAACGUUUGGGGCAUCAAAUACGCCAACGCAGAGCUGCGAGUCAUCGCCUGCGCGCCCACUUUUGAGCUCAACCCCGUGAAGAAGCAGCUUCUCGGAGCCAACGACGCCCGCGUGGUUAUAGAGUGCAAACCCAGAGCCGCUCCCAGACCUCGAUUCACCUGGACRAAGGGCAAGGAGCUGCUUUUCAACAGCUCGCGCAUUUCCAUCAUGUUUGAUGGCAGUCUGGAGAUCCUCAAUGCCACCAGGAAUGAUGAGGGUUUAUACACUUGCUUUGCUGAGAACGACAGAGGAAAGGCCAACAGCUCAGGUUACCUCACCAUCACAGAGGCUACCAGCAUCACAGUAGCUCCUGAGGAUUCUGAGGGAAAAGUUGGAGAUGAGGUGAUUCUCAGGUGUGCUGCUUCCUUUGACCCCAUGCUGGACAUCACAUUCAUCUGGACCAUAGACUUCAGAGUCAUCGACUUUAACACUGAGUGGCAGCACUAUGAACGAGUUAUGAGUGAAGACGGAGUUGGUGACUUGCGCAUAAAGAAUGUCCAGAUUUGGCACGAAGGUCGUUACACCUGCACAGCUCAGACGGUGGUGGACAGCGACACUGCUUAUGCUGACCUCAAAGUUGUAGGUGUUCCUGGGCCUCCCGGUGUGAUCCGGGUGGAAGAGAUUGGGGACACGUGGGUUAAGCUUUUGUGGUCCAAAGGAGCGGACCACAACAGUCCCAUCCUCUAYUACACCAUCCAGACCAGACACUUCUGGGCUCUGAAUGAAGACGACUGGAGGAAUGCCAGCACCUCUCCAACUGUUCUCGAUGCUACUAURGAAAGAGCAGACGUAACAGACUUGUAUCCUUGGAUGGAGUACCAGUUCAGGAUCAUUGCUACCAAUGAGUAUGGAUCUGGAGAAGCCAGCAUACCUUCACUCAAGAUCAAAACCUGGGACGCUGCUCCAGUUGUUUCUCCCACUGAUGUAGCAGGAUAUGGAGGUAGAAAUGGUGAGAUAAUCAUCACAUGGACUCCUGUGCAGCCCUGGUAUUUCUACGGCAAAAAGUUUGGAUACAUUGUYGCGUUCAAGCCUCAUGAUGCCUACGACUGGUGGUACGAGACCAUCUCGGACCCCGAGACGAGACGGCACGUGCACAGAGAUACCUACUUUGUUCCCACUGAGGAGGACUUCCAGGUGCGAGAGUUUCAGGUGAAGAUCAAGUCGUUUAAUUUGAAGGGAGACGGACCGUACAGCCUCACCAAGGUCAUCUACUACCCAAGAGAUGUACCCACAGAACCUCCAACAGAUGUUUACGCCAGGCCCGUGUCUUCCACUGAAGCUGUGGUUUGGUGGCUGCCGGUGUUUGACACUGGAACAGGUCUACAGCAGUAUGUUGAGGGGUACCAGGUCAAAUACUGGAGGAAGUACGAUGACCCAGAGCCAGGAGCCAAUCGUAUAUUUGUUCCAGCAACAGCUAAUCAGACCAGGCUGGAGAACAUGCUGCCAGACUCGCACUACCUCAUCGAGGUCCGUGCCUUGAAUGGAGCAGGACUAGGACCACCUGGUGAACUYUGUGAGAUGUUCACUAAGAGACCACCCCCCGCAGAUCCUCCCAGGAUGUGGCGCUACAUCAGCUGGACAGGAAAGUGGCUGUAUGUGUGGUGGGAUCACAUCCAGUACGACUGGUUUGGAGACGUUUCCUUCCCUCUGUACUACAAGGUGAUGUUCAGAAAGACUGGCUACAUCUACGGGAAGGUCUACAUCACCGGCUGGCACUUCAUGGACUUCCCCAUGCCGCAGCUCGGAGACUUUGAGCUGAUGGUCCGUGGCCGUUACGAAGGAGGAGAUGGCCCAGUCCGCAAGAUCAGGAUUCAGGGUACAGCAUCUAUAACCACCCCUACUUCAAGCCUUGUGUUAUUCAUGCUGCUGACAUGGUGCAUCGUGGGACUGUAAACUCAAACCUGAUGCCRAGGGUCUUGUAUAUAAUGAACUUGAUGAACCUAAUGGAAGAUAUGGAAAUGGUGAUGAGUUUUCAGAUUAACAAUCAGUUAAAAUCCAACAUAAUGCAUCUUAAUAGAAAUUAUGUUACACUAAAUAUUCUUGUUUCUCACAGUAGAACUGGUUAUUUAUGGAUUUAUGCACCAAUGAAGCAGGAUCUGUGAGUCAAGCUAAAUGCUUAUAGAAACUGUUGGAUAAAUUUAUUUUUUAAAUGAAUCACUGUUUAGAAAGUACUGUUCAGAAAUACUUGUUUUAUGUUGCGAAGAACUUUGUUCAGAAAGCAUUCAUGUUUAGGAAUGCAAUGGGUUUGGUUCGUAAAUUAUUAUUAUUAUUUUAGUAUAGAUACAAAAUGUUUUGUCUGUCAACAAUUUUGCAAAUUUUUUUAAGGAUGCUGUAUCUAUAUCACAAUGUCAAAUAGAAAUAAAACGGCUUUUCACAAAAGCCAUUCGUUGUCACAUACUUUUUCCUAAUGAAGUCUGAGGCCUGAUUUAAUGAUGAUGCAAUGAAGUUUUUUUUUUAAUGUGACAAAGCCUUUACAUAAAGUAAGACAAAAACUGA